GAAUUCAUAAAUGCUGUCUAAAGUUCCGUUGAGAUGAAUUGAAAGAAAUUAAAGAGGACAGGUGACACACAGUUAUGUCCUAACACGCAUUCAACCGACACCUGCAACGCCUUAUUCCAUUCCUCCUCAAAUAUCCAUCCAAUCUCGCAAAGGGAUACCUACGACAAACAACAACAUUAGCAGAAUGGGAGAGAAUACGCGCAGAGCAGCCCUGGUUUGCAUAGUUUUCUCAUGCAUGGGAGUAUUGUGUGCAGGGGACUUGCAGGCGGACCAGAAGGAGUGUAGUGACCAGCUCAAGAGUCUGUCCUUUUGCUUUCCCUUCGUACAAGGAACUGUCAAAACCCCCUCCGCCGAUUGCUGCACAAAUCUGAAGAACGUCCGGGACACCGAACCGAAAUGCCUCUGUAUUUUGAUAAAGGACAGCACUACCCCUGCUCUCGGUGUUUCCAUCAACACCGCUCUUGCUCUGCAAAUGCCUGCCGCCUGUAAUGUCACCGCUUCCAUUUCCGACUGCCCUGCGCUUCUCAAUUUGUCGCCUUCUUCGCCGGACGCUAAGGUUUUUGAAAAUGCCAAUUCUUCUUCCCCUGCAUCGCCGUCCUCGUCUGGAUCAGAGUCGCCGUCGUCGUCCACGUCGAGCAGCGAUGUGAGCAAGAAUGUGAAGAUCUGCCCGGAAUUUGCCGUCAUUAAGGCCAUACUCUGCUCUCUAGUAAUUUUGGCUGCGUCACUGUAGUAGAUUCUCUGACUUCUUUGUUACGCAACGUUAAGGGAAUGAAUGCAGAGAGGUACAGCUAGGUCGUCUGUAAGGUUUUAUCAUUUUCUGAGGUUUUCCAGGCUUUAAAUAAGAGACAAAAUGUCCCUUCCAACUUUUUAAUAGACAUCAAACUUCUUGUCUGUUAACGGCAAUGGUGAUAUAUAUAGCUGUCAUUUAAAAAAUA